AUGAUGUCCAUGGAGCAGAUGCAGCCUCUGGAGUUCUCAGAAGACAGGCUGGACACGCUGGACCCUUGCAGCAACCACUUAGAUGACCUUUCCGACCAGUUCAUCAAGGACUGUGAUCUCAAGAAGAAGCCAAGAAAGGGGAAGAAUGGACAGACAACCCUAAAUGUUGAGUCAGAUCAAAAAAAACCACGGAGGAAAGAUACACCGGCACUGCACAUCCCGCCCUUUAUACCAGGUGUGAUUUCUGAAAACUCAAUCCAAAGAUACGAUCUUCAAGAGAGACAUCCAAAGGGUAAAGUGGACCCAGAUCUUCAUAAUACUGACCUAGAACAGCAAAAACCAAGGAGAAAAGACACACCUGCCCUGCACACGUCUCCCUUUGAGUCAGGUGUGAGGCCGCUCAGGGACGAGAGACCCAAAGUGAUCGUGGAAGAUGACGAAAAGGAAGGUGACAAGAUAGCUAUUUAA